AUGUCGAACAUAUGGAUUGCAGCCUCCGAUAACAAAAUAGACAAGGUAAGAGAAUAUAUCGAGUCUGGAAGUUAUACUGCAAACUCCAAAGAUCCUAAUGGCUAUACUCCCAUGCACGCUGCCGCAAGCUAUGGUAACUUAGACUUACUGAGAUAUCUUGUUUCUCAAGGCGGAGACAUCAAUAUUCAGGACUCAGAUGGCGACACUCCUUUGCAUCACGUAGAAACUCUGAAGGCUGCCAGAUUUUUGAUCGAGGAGCUCAAAGCUGAUAUCAAGAUCAAAAACAAGGAUGGUUUGACUCCAGCCAAAUACCAGGAGGAAGAGGAUGAGUAUCCUGAGCUUAUUGAAUAUUUGUCGUCAUUGGAAAAGCUGGGCACCUUGCCCGCCAUGAAGACAGGUAUCGAGGCUCCACUAAAUAACCUAGAGCUUCCAAGUGGUGAAAAAGUGAAGAUGUAUUUAUCUAAGGAUCACGAUGAGGAUAUGAGUGAAGAUUUGAUUCAGAGAAGGAAACAGAUUGAGAAUAUUAUGAAUGAAGACCUUAGUGAGGAACAGAAAGAUGAGAAACUGAGGAGUAUAAUUUUAGGAGUGGUAUCAGAUAAUGUUCAUCAAUUAAAAGAGCCUGAUGCUCCAGAGUCUAAAAGACAAAGGUAA